GUUAUUUUAAAAAGGCGUCGACGGAACUGUUGUUUGGCUGUAUUUUCACACGGAAGACAAUUGAUGUUGCUACCAAGUGUUGGCAUGGUCACGUGUGUUUUGAAAAGUUGAUACGCAUGGAACAUAACCUAAACGAGUUAAACGUCGCCCCUCGCUGCAUGUAUACGGUUAUACUUUAAAUCGCUUUCUGCUCCCAGUCUUUGUUUUAUUCUGAAAGUGGCUAGCUUUGAGUAACCUUAACGCCAGCUACCUUCCGUUCGCUAACAUUAGCUCGUAUCAGCGCUGUGCACGGUUGGGUGCCGCUUCAAUAGGGGGAUCGAACCGAUUUCAGUUUAUACGUUAGUGCUGUUAGUUUCAGUUACACGUUGUGUUGGCAGAUUCGGUUGCAUCAUUUCAGCCUAGUCUAGCAGAAGUGUCGUUAAAAUGGUGUUUUUCACCUGCAACGGCUGUGGUGAAUCCCUUAAGAAAGCUCAGGUUGAUAAACAUGUGAGCAUAUGCCGGGGCUGCCAGGUCCUGUCCUGCAUUGACUGCGGAAAAGACUUCUGGGGUGAUGACUACAAAAACCACAAUAAGUGUAUCAGCGAGGACCAAAAGUAUGGAGGCAAAGGCUACGAGGCUAAGGCAAACAAAGGAGAUGUGAAGCAGCAGCAGUGGCUCCAGAAAGUUAAUGAAGCCAUGAACAAACCUGGUGUUAGCGCAAAGCUAAAGGAGGUACUCAGGCAAGUCACCACAUAUGAUAACGUCCCAAGGAAGAAGGCUAAGUUUCAGAACUGGAUGAGGAACAGUCUAAAAAUAGCUAACACUAGUCUUCAUGAUGAAGUGUGGGACAUCCUGACCGCAGCUGACAUUGGCCCCCAAGAGGCCGAAGAAACUAAACAGACAGUAGCUGAAGUCAGGGUGGAUGCUAAUGGGACUCAGAACGGCCAUCCAGAUGUUGAGAAGAAGAAGCUGAACAAACGAGAGCGAAAAGAAGCCCGUCAGCAGAAGAAUGGGAAGACUUUGAAAGGUGCUGAAAAGCCAGUUGCACAGGAACCAGAAGAAGACCAGGAGGGCAAAAAGAAAAAAAAGGACAGAAAGAGGCAGUACAUCUGUGUGGAAGAUGGGGACAAAGAGCAGAACGGACAGUGUGCUGAAAAUGAGACAUGUGGCAAGAAAAAGAAGACAAUUGGCCAAGCUGCAGAGGAACCAGAGGAGACCAAGGAUCAAAGAGUUCCCAAAGGUAAAUUCAACUGGAAGGGAAACAUCAAGGCGGUCCUGAGAGAAUCACCUGACCAGGAACUGCCGAUAAAGAAACUCAGGAAGAAGGUUUUGGGGGCGUACUACUCUUUCACCGGUGAUGGAAAUUUUAAAACAGAAGAGGAUGUGCUGGCACUUUUCAACAAGAAGAUCAACAACAACCCUAAGUUUAAAGUCUUAAAAGACCGAGUUAGACUUGUGAAGUAGAUGCGUUUAUCUCCUCGUCUGACAUCAAAUGUAUGUUCUUCAUAGACUUUUAAAUUUUAAAUUCCAUUGUUGUCUGUCGUUCUCCCUUGGAUGUUUUUGUACAGAUGACAUAAUCUCAAAGAUUAAAUAAUUUUAUGACUGAA